CUCCCAGUAUUCAGGGCACGAAGACCGCUUGGCCACUGGUGGGCCUGGUAGCGUGUUAUGACUUUGUGGACACCCAGGCAAAUUUGAAUUAGGAGGUCUCACCUACAGUGUUGACUUCAGACACAAUAUUUUCUUAGACGAGACUGGUUUGGGGCCCCCAGGAAAUUUCCCCUUUUUACCCAUAGGAUAACGCGCCACUGGGUUCUAAUUCAAAUUCACCACGAAACUAUAGCGCGCCACCUGGUUUCCAGGCAUCGUUCACUUGUCUGUCGUUUAUUUACAACUAACCGGAAACACGAGGCGGAAGUUCGAGCGGAUCUUUCGUAUAGAGCGUGCGCAUAUGUUUUCGUUUAUUCAAGAAUACAAACAAGAAAAGCAGAGAUACGGGCAAACUUAUCGACGUUUAAGCACUGUAAAAGUUGACAAUCGCGUGUAAAUGUCACACGCGUCAUGGAAAGGUGGGCGUUGAUAACGAUACUGCUGUGCUCGUACGGAUGUAUAAAGGAAAUAAGGCCUUCGGAAUCGUUCCUAACAGAAUAUUUAGAAGGCCCCUGGAUCAAUUUAACAGACAGUCAGGUUACCGGUGAAGUAUAUCCAGUAUGGACAUAUACAUACAUGGGUGCCACGUUGUUGGUGUUUCUGGUAACUGAUUUGGUACGUUACAAACCAAUAAUCAUCCUAGGAAGUAUCAGUUACAUAACAUGCUGGAGUUUGCUUCUAUGGACCAAAGGUGUUCUGGCUAUGCAGUUUAUGCAAUUUGUGUACGGAAUUGGUACAGCAUCAGAAAUAGCUUAUUACACUUACAUUUACUCCAUGGUAUCGGGAGAAACGUAUCAGAAAGUCACUUCCUACACUAGAGCUGCAUUUUUAGUAGGGAGAUUUUUUACUGGAGUAUCAUCGCAAAUAUUGAUUUCCACAUCUUUAAUGAAUUAUAGACAAUUGAAUUAUAUUUCUUUGGUUUCUGUCACUAUAUCGUUUAUAAUUGCAGUCUGCUUACCUUCGGCUCCUUCUAGUAUUUAUUUUCAUAAAACAUCUGCUACUAGCGAGGAAGAGGUUACUGCCAAUAAAAAAUACACAAAAAUGAAGAUUGUAAUUAAAACCAUGAUGACGGAAUUAAAGAAUUCAUACGCAAAUAAACAUAUAUUAAAAUGGUCAAUAUGGUGGGCGUUGGCUACUUGUGGAUAUUUUCAGGUUGGAAAUUACAUUCAGAAUCUAUGGGAAGAAGUUUUACCUUCAAAGACAUCCUUCAACGAGAAUCAAGUACAUAUAUACAAUGGUGCAGUAGAAGCAACUUCCACCAUUCUCGGGGCCAUCGCAGUUUAUCUCGUAAGUUUCUUCUCCUUGAAUUUGUUCCUCUUCGGCAAUGCAAUUCUUGGCUUAGUAACUAUCAUAGAUGCCAUUUUUCUAAUUUUUAUGUCGUGGAUCGAAAACAUCUGGAUAUGUUACGUCGGUUACAUGUUCGUUAGGAUCUCGUAUCAAGCAUUAAUAACUAUAAUUAGCUACCAAAUUGCCAAGAUUAUACCGAAAGAUAGUCACGGAUUAAUUUUUGGUUUCAACACGUUCAUGGGCCUCGUACUUCAAAGUAUCUUAACAGCCAUUGUCGUGGGGAAGAGCGGCCUACAUUUCGGCCCUAUAUUACAAUUCUUUUCUUAUGCAAUUUACUAUAUAACGUUUGGUGUCGCUUAUUUCAUAUAUGGGAGCAUCUACGUUAUCAUUAACAGAAGAUCAUCGACAUCGGACGAUUCUUUGAUAGCCGAGUCAUUAUUUUAAAGUGUGUGUUAGGUGUGGGGCACUAUUUUGUUCACCUAUUUUAAAUUCAAAUUAUUUUAAUGUUUUAAUUAAUGGUGAAAAUAAGACUUUUGCCGAUUUUAACUAAUAAAAAAUAA